CGGCCGCAGCGCAGGCGCCGUGUGGCGACUUCAGCAGCGGAGGAACAUGGCGGCACCAACUUUAAGUGCGAGGUUGUACUCUUUGCUAUUCCGCAGAACCUCCACCUUCGCACUUACCAUCGCCAUGGGCGCCCUGUUCUUCGAGCGCGCCUUCGAUCAAGGCGCGGACGCGAUCUAUGAACACAUCAACCAGGGGAAGCUGUGGAAACACAUCAAGCACAAGUAUGAGAACUAGAUCCUCAGAGGAUCCCAUGAAGGCCAGAAGGACCAGGUCCACCCACCAGCUGUUUGCCCAGAGCCAGGGCCUCAGCCUGAGAUGAUGCUCACUCACAUCACGCUGCAUGGACCGCUCUGCUCUUAGCUGUUGUUGUGAAAUGGCUUCACCAGACAGACUCUUUAACUUCUGCUGUGUUUGAAGUAUGUUUAGUCAGAGUCAUCAGCAAAUAAAUGUAAAUUAUCCUUGA